CCUGCGCUGCGCGUACGCCUCUAGGCGGCUUCGAAAAUUUUACAUCCUAUUAACUAAACUAAGUACAUAUUUAAAUUAGUCUCAUAUAAAAUGUUUAACGCAAUAUCCCCGUACUGAUAAAUACAUUUCUAUUUAAAGUUGCAUUAAAUGUAAUAAUUAAAAUGUGUUUUGAGGCAAAUGUAAAAGUGAAAUUGUCUUUUGUGUAAUAAAAAUGUCAGCUUGUGAAGAAAGUGAAAGUGUUUACUGUGUUAGUUAUAUUUGUGUAAAAAAAGUCAAUUAAUUUUUGACAUGAUAAUUAUUAAUUUACACUCCAAUUACUCGCAAAUAAUCAAAAAUAGACUCGUAAAUAAUUUAAUAUACUUACUACCUAUUUAAUUAGAAUAGUAAUAAAUAAAAGUUCCAAAAUCAAAGUCAGUGAAAAUUAAAGCAACCGAAAUGCGUAAGUGAUUCACGAAGCAUUCGAAAAAAAAAUGCAUUCCGUUAACACUCAUUCGGAGACUACGGGUGCACGUGCGUUUAUUUUCAUUUAUAAAUAGCGCAGACAGACAGAAACAUUAUGACGUCACUGAAGGAGGGUGACGUCAUCGAUGGCGAGGAUAAACGGAAAGACAAAGAAGCGGAACUGCCUCCCAGUGGCACCUCCCUACACAAACGUCGAAGAGGAGAACCACCUGCUUCAUUAUCCGUCAAACCUCAAACGCCUUCUGAUGCCGAAGGAUCUUCGCCAUGUACCGCUGGCCCCACAUCAGAAGACUACUGGAGUCCAGACCCAGAAGCCAUAGACCCCGAAGCCUUCUGCAACAGCAUGCUUCAAAGACUGAAAGACAAAGACGACCCUGUCUCCAACAGAGGCAAAGAUGUCGCCGUCAAAACUAAAGAAACGUUAGAAAUUCUCGAUCAGUUAGAGAGGCUUUUAGAAUUGCUAGAUCAGUUCGUGACUUUGAAGGAACAACACGGUAAACUGAUGAAAAGAUUGAGAGAUGUGAACCAUUUGAAGAGACUCCACAAUGCUCACAAGAGAAUAGAUAAAGAGAAUGAGUUGUUGAAAUCGGAAACAAGAGAGAUAGAGUUGAUAAACGAAGCCUUAGAUGCUGAAUUGGAGUGUGAAUACGGGCAAGUGAUAUUUGAUUCCAUCGCUGGGAGUCGGAUGAAAAGGUCAGGGUCGAAGUGGAGGGGUCAUGGGAAGUUUGGAGGGUCACUUCUGAGGAAGCAAAGGUCAAGGUCAGCUGGAGGGGAGGACAGCGAUGCCCCUCCAGGCACUCCUCUGAGGAGACGAUCGGAGGGAGUGUUCUCUAAGGAAGUGGAGAAGUCCAAGGUCUCGAAGUGGACAAGAGUGAAAGCGGCGUUCAGAUGGGAGAAAGCUCAGUGGCCAGCAACAGGAGCCGCGGGGGCCGUGGCCGCGGGAGCCAUGGUCGGGGCUGUGGCGCUGGCGGGGUCUUCACCGUCUCCGGGUCCUGGCCUGGCCAACCCUGAGCCCAGAGACUCCGCUAGCCUCACUCCGGGCAGCGCCCUGUCUCUUACUCCUAACUCUUCGUGUGAGGAGUUAAGGUUGGAUUCAGGAAUCUCUCGCAAGAGCAUGCUGCGCUGUGACGAGAACGACAACACAUUCUUACAUGCGCCCACGCAGGACGACAGUUCCACCUCGCCAUCUCCAAACAAACUCCACAAGAGUCCCUGGGUGAAGAUGAGGGACAUCAUCCAGACUCGCCGGGAGUCUGUCAAGAAGAAGACCAGAGGGUCUAAGAGUUCACCAGACGUGGUUCCGACUAGAAGACGCUCGUUCAGCGACGGUGGAGACAGUGAUGCGCCUCCUGCGCUGACCUUGACUAUACCGUCUUCUGAAGAGCUUGAAUCCGAGCCAUCUCACCCAAUACUACGGAAGCAGCGCUCCCUGGAGCUUGGGGCCAGGCCUCCGCAGCACCGCACCCCUCGGCCCUCCAAAUGGACGAAGGUUAAAAGGGCCUUCCUCACGUCAGCAUCUGCCUCCGUACCCUCCAGCCCCAGUCGACAUUCUGCAUUCUUCACUGAUGCUGAAACCGAGGGUCUGAGUAGUGGUUGUGAAGCGAGCGGGGUUCGAGAGCAGAUCGCGAGAGAUUACGCCGCUCUGCAGACCAGGCUUGGCAGGGAGUUCUCUGACAGACGAGGGAAGCUUUAUGCUUCAUCACGACCAGUAGCAACUGAAGAGCAGUUGUCAGCAGACUUUAGGAAGAAGCUGGCAGAAUGGCAACGCAUGAAGGGGGUCAGGCAGCCACCGCCAGUUCCAGCUAGACAGGAUCUAAGUGAGGACUUCCUUAAAAAAUGGGAUGCAUGGAAGCGUAUGAAGGAUACCAAUACAGUGCCUGCAUGGGAAGAAGAGGCGAAACCAAAUGAAAUUCUUGUGCAGACAUCUACUGGACUUUUCAAAUUCCAAGGAAUAUCGCGAUCCUUCACACGCAAGCUCCACGAAUGGGAGAAGUCUCGAGGCAUAGCUCCUGAGGCGUCAACAUCAGCGUUGCUAAGAGCUGCGCGUGCGCGGGGUAAAGCUCCCCCCGCGCCACUCACGCGUACUCAAUCAGACGGCAGUGUCGCUCCGUCUGCUGCAGGCUCUGGACGUCUCCAUGCGUCCAGUCUCAGUGUCAACGAUGCUGAUGACUUCGAUUCGGAAUAUGAGAGAUCUCAUUCUCUGGAAGGUGUCGACGAAUGCGACGGUGACAACACUCGCGGGGCUGUGCUGGUGGAAGUAGAGGCCGAGGAAGUAUGCACUGCUGCUCCACUGAUGGCAGUGUCUCCAAGACACACUCCUCAGAAGCCAGUGUAUACGUACGGCAGAGCUGAAGCCAGGCUGCUGUGUGAGACUAGCUCGGCUGUCACUGGGACUGCUGUGUUGCAGCCUAACGGGGCAGUUAUUUUUUCAGAGACACGUGCAAAAAUGAGAGACUAUGGAUCGAAACCAAAAUCAUCCCGAGAACAGUCGAAACAAGCAGAGAAAAGAAAUCGUAAACUUGGCCGUCAACCAAGUAUUGAAGAAGACGCUAUGUUUAUAAGGAAAACAAUUGAAGAAAUAGAAAGAGGGAGCUCAAGUCGCUUAAAAGAUGAAGAAGAUAUUAUUGAAAAACAAGAGCCAGAAGAGUCGGAAGCAAUAAUCGAUAGAGAAACGCCAUCUACAAGUAAAACAUACAAUAGAAGGAAUUCAAGACAGAGUGACAUUUUAAAGGAAACAAGUGUCGGUGACGAUGAUACUAAAGAAGAUAGUAAACGUAAGGAAACGGAAAAAAAUAAUGGGAAAAAGAAGUCCAAAUCUAGAGCGAGAUUAGAACGAGAGCAGUCCAAACCAUCAGAGACAGACACUGAACCAGAAGUCGACACGGUGACAGUUGAGAUACCAAGAAGAAGAAAGCGACCACGACGGGCUUCGGAAAGACCAAGAACCCCACCAACUUCAUUACAUUCGGAUUCUGAAGGAGAAGUUUUUGUCCUCAAACUGAAGGCUCCAGAACCUCGUCAGGGAUCACCAGAAGUUAUAGUCAAAACUACUCGAAAAAUAUUCUCACCGGUCGUAAGAAGCGGUGAAUCUGUUCCAAGAGCAGUCAUACCGUUAGACGUUGAAGACUUAGCUGAAGUAACACCUUGUGAAACUAUCGUCAGUCAACACAGUACUGCAAAGAAAAAAGCGGAGAAGAAAAAUAAAGGCAACCAAGAGCUUUACGCCCGUUCGAAAAGUUCUGGUGAUCUCCAAGAGAGUGAGGAGCAAAUGCCAAGAACGAGGCCACCAUUGCCGUCAUCUCCAUCAUCACAGAGAAAACCUCAACCGAAGGAAACUGCUCCGUCCAUUCGUAUUAUGAUACAGAGAUACAAUAUGAAGAUCAACGAAGAAGGUCAUACUUCUCCAAACAGCAGUGGAGCUUCUUCACCGGCCUGGCGAUCCCCUAGCUCUGAAAGACGACGACCCCCCGACAUGCCUGUAGGAGUUAACAUUAGAAACAACCCAUUUCUUGAAAGGGAAGUCCAAAAAUCAGCAAGUGCCUGCCAGUUGUCACGAAGAGAUCAAACAUCCGUUGAAAAACGAUUAGCACCAUCGACACAACAAGGUUUAGACGGCGUUCUUAAAUCACACAGCGCCAAUGCUUUACAUCCAGAGAAGAAACUGGAAUCUCCUCGACCUCAAAAGAAGAAGAUGGAAGAAAGUCAAGAGACUAUCAAAUGUACUACAGCAAGCACAGAUACUAUAGUUCCUGAUCUAACAAAGAACCUUCCUGACUUCCAAAAUAAAGAUUCAGAGCCGGAACCCGAAAACCUUCCUUAUUCUCAUCCAGUUCUAAGACAGAUGUCGGAUACAAUAGUGCCGACGAUAUCGAGGUUCAUAACGGAAUAUCCUGGCAUAUUUGAGAGGUCGGUAUCGACUGUCGAGUCAUCAGGUCAGGCAGUGGAGACUGAGGCAGCGAUGAGGCUUUCAGAUCGCGCUGCAAGAAUCAGAGCAGCAAGGGAAAGGUUUCUGUCUUCGCCAGUACAGAUGAGGAGAGAAGGAACUAGCUCCGCGAGUGAUUUGAGACCUGGUGACAGAUCUAGUCGUAUCAGCUGUGAGAGUGACGUCACAGAAUCUCAGAGUUCGAGUGCGCAGGAGUCGAAUCUAGGCCGCAGUGCGUCUACUGGCAUGGUGAAUGUAGAUAGAGAGGCGUGGCAGAGAGUGACUGAAGGAAACCGUCGCGAAGGCCGGUCGCGAUCUAGAUUCAGCUUGGCGCGUCUAGCAGCCAAACUUCGAAGGAAAGACGAGAGUGCAGUAUCAAGACUGUGUCGUCAGAGUCUACUAGUCCAACUCAGAAACAAACAAUAAUUGAUUCAGGAGUAUGAUCCCUUAUGGUACUGAUGUCUGCAGCGAGGAUAUAUAGUAGUACUUUGACAUAGAUAAGCUUCAUAGAUAAGUUUAAAAUACAUGAGGUUGCUUUUAAACAAUCAUACAAUAUAAGUAGUUGGUAAUACAGUAUACCCACUAGACAGUAGCCAGUAAAGCGUUCUAUUUAAAUACGACAUAUAUGAAAAAGAGAAAUGUGUGUAACAGGGAUGUUACGGAGGUCCGAAAUUAUCUGAAGUUUCAUAAUAAAAAAAUACUAUCCGUUUCAGUAACGGAUAUGUCUAAGAGUGGUAUUAAUAAACUAAUCUCAGCUUCGAGACUGCCCUCAAGAUCAUGUCAAUGUGACAGUUCUCAUAUAAAAACAGAGACUUGAGCAUAAUCUUAAGGGCAGUCUUAGCUGAGAUUACUUUAUUAAUACCACCCUAAAAUGAAACACUUGAAAACAGAACACAGACAACACUUAAGACACACACACACACACACACACACACACACACACACACACACUGAAACACACACUCGCCGACUAGACUGACACUUACUACCUACACUACUACCACUUACUACACUAAUCAAGAAGACAGUUUUGUGUUUCUGCUCGACUAAGCCGACAGCGUGUCCACUCUAAUGUAUAUUUUUUGUUUCGUAAGUAACUGACUCAGUCAUUGUAAAAUUACUUACAGUAAAAUUUUAUAUUUAUGACUCUUAUGAGAGUUACCUAAUUGUAUUCUACUUUUAUAAUUCCGAAUAAUAUGUAGGUAUCCGUAACCGAAACUAUCCGAAAGUAACGGCUAAUCGGAAAUUAUUUAAUAUCCCGAAAAAAAUAAUAAUAUCUGAAACCCGUAAAAAAUAUUCCUUAUUUGAAAUUUCCCUAACAUCUCUGGUGUGUAAUAUGCAAUUUUGCUUGAAUGUGUAAGACGUAGUUUUAUUUAUUAGUACUUAAAUAUAAAAAAUAUGCCACCUACUAUGUGUCGAAAAAGUGCCAUAUGAAAUUAAAAAGUGCUUGGAUCGUAUAUAGUCAUCGUAUUUAGUCAAGCGAUAAAAUCAAGUAUUUAUUGAUGAAAAUAAAUGAAUGAAUAUUGGAGUAUUGUAGUAAACAAUAAAAAAAAUAUUUAUCAUUA